GUAAGCUCUCGGAUAGACGGAAUGUUUCGUAGACGGACCGGUCCUACAGGGUAGUGGUCUGCACGCAUUCCGUCAGGAAUGGAUGAUGAUGCACCAGAUGAGGUCUUUGCCGAGCUCAAGACCAGGCCUCUCGGAGGAUGGGGUAUUGCACAGAUCGCUGCUGGCACUGGCCUUGCUGUUUACGCAAUGUGGGUGGGAGUCCUCCAGCCAGGCUUCAGAAAAGUCCCUUUGAGGUUACAGGUGCCGUAUAUCCCUGCCAGCAAAGCUCAAGUGGAUAAUGUAAUGACAUUGCUGAGAGGUCGAAAGGGAGGCCUUGUGGAUUUGGGAUCUGGUGAUGGCCGCAUUGUCUUGGAAGCCCAUCGACGGGGUUUCACUCCCGCUGUCGGCUAUGAGCUCAACCCCUGGCUUGUUCACCUGUCUCGCUUUCAUGCCUGGAGAGCAGGCCAUCAUGAGAAGGUGUCGUAUCGGCGAGAAGAUCUCUGGAAGGUCAACUUGACAGAAUGCAAGAAUGUCACAGUGUUUUUGGCUCCUAGCGUGCUUUCAUUAUUGCAGCAGAAGUUGCAGACUGAGCUUCCUGAUGACGCCUUAGUGGUAGCCGGUCGUUUUCCCUUACCUGACUGGACACCCUGCAGGAUUGAGGGACAUGGUGUGGACAGAGCCUGGGCGUAUCGCAUGCAAGCACAAAGACAGAACACCUUCAAGAAAAAUGACGACCUCAUAGUCACAAAUAGCGAUCCCAGUAGUGGACUGAACAAGGACAAAGGAUCUACUUGAAGCUUUUCAUUAGAUAAAAAUACCCAUUACUGGAAUAUUGAGGACAUUUACCCUGACUGUCUGUCUUUACAUUUUGACUACAUCUACAAACGGAUGUUUCUGGCAAACUUGCUCCUUAGCAGAGUACAGCAAUCAGGGAAUGUAACUCUUCUCAACUAUCUUGAUGGAUGGACUCUGUCUUUGUUAUAAGCAAAGUUUGAACCAGAAAUUCCUGAACAAGGGUUUCUGUUACCUUUGAGGAAAAACCACACCUUUGCCUCCAGAAUGCUGAAGAUUUUUUCGGGAUUACUGCCUCUGGGAAGCAGUCUUAUAAAUGUGUUUUUAAGUUAUUUUAUCAUCUACAUUGUUUUCUGUUGUGUUAAUUUUAUGCCACAGAAUUUAAGAUUAUUUAAUGUUUUACGUGCUCUAUUAGAAAUAAUUAUUAUGAAGUAUUUGUUGUAUAGGUUGUAUGUAAUUAGACAACUUCAGAGCAAAGUUUGCAUUCCACUGUGCGGCUUGUUUUUUAAAGGUACAAUUAAGUAAAAAUUUUAAUGCUUUUUGUGUGAAGGUGAAAGGCCCUCACUGCUGUGAGGAUGCCUUCGUGACAGCAAGUGUGGAAUGUGACUUUUCAUGAUCUGGAUGUUAAAGGUGGCUCGUGUUUUUUAACCCAAUUUCACAAACAGAUUGUAACACUGGUAUAAACCCCAUGGGGUCCACAGUGUAUAAAGGGAACAGUGACAACAGUUUCCCUGUGUGUAGUCCAUCCCUUAAAGGUGUACAUAGUAUGUAUACAUGUGGGUUUGCAAUUAAAGUGUUUUAAUCUA